AUGUCUCAAGAUAGUAGCAUUACCAGCUCAGCAAGUACACCUGCCAUUGAGUCAUCUCCAAUCGAAAAAACUUCUACAGUUUCUUCAACCAGCAAUUCAACAAAUUCUAACAGCACAAAUAACCUUACAACCUCUCCUCAAAAGAAUAAAUUAGGUAAUAGCAAUAAAGCUCAAAAUAAUAUGAAUAAAAAAGCAUUCGAAGAACAGAAAAAACAUGUUUUACCAUGGGAUAAUACUGAACACGAAGUUCCGAUUAAGAGUUUCACAGGCUAUGAAGUAAACUUUAACGGCUGGAUUAGAAAGGAUAUCAGAGAAGAAAGAAGGGGGAAGAAUGGCCAAGUUUCAAUAUUUAAUAACAUUGAACAAGAUGAAGCCGGAAAGAAUGAAAGUUCUAUGAAACAAAUAUUACAAGAAGCAAAUGCUAGUAAACAAACGAAUACCGAUUAG